UUUCAUUCAUAGACAAAGAAAAAGGCAUCGGCAAGAAUACGUAAAUAAAAUUUAUACAUAACGAAAAAUGGCUGCGAGCCGUCGGAAACAAGACGACAGAAAUUUGGAAAUUUUGCGUGAACUUAUAUCUCUAAAUGGAAAUAAAUAUUGCUUAGAUUGUAAUCAAAGAGGACCCACCUACGUUAACACUACAAUUGGUUCCUUUGUCUGUUCAAAAUGUUCGGGAAUGUUGCGUGGUCUUACACCUCCUCAUCGCGUGAAGUCGAUCUCAAUGGCCACGUUUACACCGGAAGAGAUAGAAUACAUCAAAGCAAGAGGAAACGAUCACUGUAGACGCGUGUGGUUAGGUCUUUACGAUGGAGAAAGUGUUAACUUUAACGACGAACAAAGCGUUAAAGAUUUUAUGUCUGAUAAAUAUGAAAAGAAGCGUUACUACCUCGACACCCCACUUAAUAAUCCCCCUGUUACGAAUGGUAGUUCGUCUAUAAAAAAUAAAACGAAAGUGAAGUCGAUCGGCAGCGCAUCCGUAACCGCACCUUUGAUAUCAAUAUCUCCGCAAACUCAGAAAAACAGUAAUAAUAAUGUAAUGGUGAGCAUGGCUAAAGUAGUUAAUACACCAGCUAGUGAUACCAGUCAAAAAUUGGCAAGACCUGUUAAUACCUCGCAGCCAAUUCCUACUGUCAUAACUGCUCCAAUCUCCACACCGCCGGUCUCAGCACCCAUCACUGACUUUCCUGUUGACUUCACUACGGCAAAUAUAUAUAACAGUGCUCAAUUUAAUAAUAAUGUGAAUAAUAACUUUUUCAAUAAUCCGUCCACAACUUUUAAUGCUUUUGCAAACACUACAAGUACUAAUAAUCCAAAUGAUAGGUAUGCUGCCCUGGCAGACUUAGACUUAGCUUUAAGACAGCAGAACAUGAAAAAUAUGGAAGAAAAUAAUAUGAAUAAUAAGAAUCCAUUCCAAAGCACAACUACCAAUGAUUUGUUCUCUAAUAAAAAUCCAUUUUUCAAUGGUGGUUGGACUUCACCUCCGGUUCCAGUUAAUCCUUUCAUGCCGUCAAGCAACCAGACAUUUGGGAAUUCCAAAAACCCCUUCCUUUGAUGAGUCAUUGAAUAAGUCAUUUAAGAACAAAAUAGAAAGCACAAAUCGAGCUACAAAUUUAAUAUCGUUAAAACAUAGCAAUUAUUUAUAAAUAUAUUUACACUGCAAUAGUAUUAACAUGCUUAUGGUUGUAAAAUUAAAGUGCCUAAAUCUGCCUUAAAACUUUAUGAGAUUUCUCAUAUAGAGAUUAUGUAAAAAAAGAGCUUUAGGAGUGAUUAAUAAGUAUUUGAAUGUAUGAAGACUAAAGAUACUGGUAGCUUUAUUAUUUAUAGUAUUUAAUGAAAGCUUUGAGUCAAUAAUUAUAAAAUUGGCGAUUUUUUAUGUCAAAUGUUAACUAAAGACUAGAAGUGGCACAAAUUAUUUGAAAUGAACUAAGUAGUUAUAUUUACAUUUUUUUAUAUACUGCAUUUGACAGAUUGAAACCGAUUGCAAACUUCAUCAUACAUUUUACUUAAAGAUUAUUAUAAUAGGAAAACGAUCAGUCCAAUUGUUCAGAACACAACUAAGGUUUGAUUUAAGUUUUUGCGUUUUACAUGCUGAUCUAUAUAAAUUGACAGACUAUAUAACUAAUGUACACAUGUGAUAUAUUGUGUCUAUUUUAAUUUCGCUGUUUUGGCACUAACAGUUAGUUUCCUGUGUUAACAAGCACUUUUAAUUUAGAAAUCAAGAGCUGUCAUUUCCAAUGACCUAUCCAUUUAUACAGAUCAAUUUGUCUUCAAUUGAAAUUGAUGAAGUUUACAAUUAGUUGCAAUAUAAUACGGAAAUAAACUUAAUUGUAUAUCUUACGUAAUUUGUUAGCCUAAAAAUCAAAGUUCUUAAACAUGUGCCUUAUUUGAAUAUUGGAAUGUUAUUGUUAAAAAUUUAAUCAGUUAUGGUUUGACUGAAGGCUUUAGAAUAUUAAUUCGUCAUACUCCAAGUCAUUAGUGAGUCUAAACAUGCGUUUGUCUGUCAAUAGACAUGAUGUAUGAAAAAAUAUCAAGAUUUAACGAGGCUAGAUCUACUGUUAACUUGUAAAAGUUUGAAAUAUCUAUUUCAUACAAAAAGAUGUAAUAUUUAUUACUAUUAGUUAAUUUCACAUUUCAUUUAAGCCUUACUAAUAAUAUAAUAGCAAAUGUUAAGCUUUUGUUUUAAUUACGUAACUUACAAAAUGACACAUGAAUCAAAUAUUCUCUUUUUUUUAGGAAAUUUUAGUUUUUUUGAUAUUUUAUAGAUGUUUUUUUCAUGAAGUAAGCUCUCAAAUUAAUGUGUUUCAACUGUGAUUGUAAUCAAUAAUUUUAUUUGCAAUGAGCUAACUUGAACAAUUUUUUUUAUUAUUAAUCAAUGC